UACAGAUCCUUUAAAUCCGUAGUGAUGCAAUUUUGUAAGCAAUUUAUCCCUGUCUAUAGUCUCAAACGCCCUUUUGAAGUCCAAAAGCACUGUUACUGUAUGUUUCCGAUUGUCGUUACAUCUCCUCCAGUCCUUUAAAACCAUUUGUGUUGCCGUUUCAGUUGAGUAUCUCUUCCUGAAUCCAGCUUGAAAUUUGGUUAAAAUGGUAUUUCCCUCAAUAAAUUCGAUGAUCUGUUCGUAAAUAAUUUCUUCAAAAACUUUUUCAACAUCUGGCAGAACAUUUAUUGGCCGCAUAUUGGUGUACAGCUCAGAAUUAUUAACUUUAGAAACAGGAGUUGUGGUAGAACACUAAAACUCCUCUAAAAUAACUACUUGAAUUUUAUGAUCUUUGCAUACAGGCGUCAAUAAGUCUCUGAACUUCAAUGCGGUAAGAUGGGGUUUUUUGAAGUCAUUGUUGAUCCAUUUGGAAUAACUAGUGAACAUUUUGACCGCGGUGAUUCUAACUCCACCGGCCAGCCAGCAACAAGCGUUAGCUCCUCUUCUCACCAGCGGCCGCGCUGCGCUGGACAUCCAUCGCGCGUCACAACAGCAAGGAAGCCGGCGCAGCGUAAGCGGGCGGUGGGGUACCGUCUUCCGAUGCAAAACGCUGAUAUAGUACAUUGUGUGUUAUCAGUGUUAUCACAUUAUCAAUUACAUUUCUUCAACUGCUGCAGUAUUACAGUGUAACCUUUUAGAAACAAAUGUGUUGUUGAAUUGUUUCAAGAAUUUUACAUUUCGGAUGGUUCGACAAUACUCUUCAAAGUACAAAAUAUCGAUACCCAAUUCGUAGUCUAUCUAAGAACGCUUGUCUUGCUGAAUUAAUUGUAGAGUCAGCCCAUACUUUAGGUUUUAUAUGUCCUUCAUUUAUCCAGGUUUCAUCCAAGUAAUAAAUCUUCCUGCCCUGGUCGCGGUAUUUCUUUGUUGAUUUUAAAUAAUUUCUUCUCCAUAAAGUAAUCUCUUAGUUGUCCAUCAAAAUACUAUUUCUGCCCCGUUUUAUAUACUCAAAAUGAAGUUUUUUAAGUAAACUAUAGAAUGUGAUCCUUUUGAAAGUAGAUAAGUCUUCAUCACUAUUAACCUCCUGUAAUACUUUGUCUAUGGUGGGAAGUUCCUGUCUUCCAAAAAAUUGAUGGACUUUGCGUCUGUUGGCAUUUCGAUCAAAGUUAUCAAAUAUAUCCAACAGCUUCGUGUAAUGCAGCUUCUUGUGUGAUGUAGACAAUUUUUUUUUAUAUAUUCUUUAACAAUGUUGAAAAUGUCUUAGCUUGUUUUGAUCGCCAAACGUCUUUCAAUAUCAUGAAUUUUCAUUUCAGGAUGCUCUAAAAUUUCGCUCCUAUUUUUUAAUUUCUUUUGCCUGAAUAUUCCAUUGUCCCUUGUUGUCACGUUUUCGAGGAGGAGACAUCACUGAAGAGGAAGCAUGGCUGAAAGAAGCUUUGAUAGAAAUAUUCUCAGUUUCAUCUGCUGUAUCCGUAGACGUCAUGCUAACGUAUAAACACACGCUAUGUACAGCAACUGCCAGCGUGCCGGCGAUAUCCCGAGCGGAGUUCUAUCCUGUGAAUCCUGCACUUGUUCGUAGUUUUAUGGCCGAAUGACCAAUUGCUAUUUCAAGGCUAAGGGUAUGUUCAUAGUGAAGAUGCUUACUGCGAUGCUUUCUUCGCAACCUCUAUGAUCGCUUCCUCGAUCUGACCGCGAUGUAAAACAAACACAUGUUUUAAGUUGGGAGCGUUCAUAGUGACGAUGCAUUCUGCGCCGCUACCUUCGCUUCCUCGCGGUCAACCGCGGGGAUGAACAAAUAUUUUGUGUUUACCUCGCUAUCAGGAGGGAAACAUUGCGGUGGGCUUAGCUGUGAUUGGUUCCUCAGCAAGAAUUGAAUUACUGUGCAAGUUGAUGUACUUGCAGGCGUCCAGUAGAGGCUCAACUUUGCCGAGUAGUAUAUGUAACCAAAUCUAUCUGUCGACAUUCUCAUGUAGCAGUGAAAUAUUUCAUUGUCUCUCUUCACUUCGGGGAAAAGAUGGUGGUACUCUGGAUGUGUACUGUAUUUUAGAUUUGGUAGAGAACUAAACAUCCACCACUUGGUUACUAGAGACAAUUCACUCUUACUGACACUGUCGCUCGACAACAUUCUGCCUUAUUAUUCGCUCGUGAACAAAUAAAGCAUUAAGAACUGCGUUCGAGGAGAGAAGAGAAAACAUCGAGGGUGAAUUCAGUAUGAACACCCUCCAUCCAUGUACAUGUAGAAAGUCGCGAGGAAGCGCUCAUCGAGGUAUCGAAGAAAGCAUCACAGUAAGCAUCUCUCACUAUGUACGUACCCUUAGGCGGCUGCCGCUUUGCCGCGCUGCAUCUUUGUUCUGCCGGAGCAUAAAUGGACUACGAACAGAGUAUAUAUUGAAACUGGUAGAUAGAGCUUCGACUCAACAUAUCCACAAACAUUUUAUUUUUCUCAGAUUUUUGGAUGCUAUGCCUUGACAGAGAUAGCACACGGCAGCAACGUCCGUAAUAUGCGGUGUACAGCAACUUACGAUAAACAGAAAAAAGUCUUCGUACUAAAUACACCAGAUUUUGAAGCAGCAAAGUGCUGGGCAGGUGGCUUGGGCCAAUUGGCUACCCACGCGGUUAUUUAUGCCAUGCUUGUCAUAGAUGGUCACAAUUACGGAUUGCAUUCGUUUGUGGUUCCAGUUAGGAAUCCGAAGACAUUAUUGCCUCAUCCCGGAGUUAUUGUUGGGGAUAUGGGAGAAAAGAUUGGAUUGAAUGGUAUUGAUAAUGGCUUUAUCCAGUUCGAGAACUACGAAAUUCCAAAGGAAAACCUGCUGAACAAGUUGGGCGACGUAACGGAUGACGGAAAAUACACAACUCCAUUCAAAGACCCGAAUAAGCGACAUGGAGCAGCUCUAGGCUCAUUGUCUGCCGGGAGGGUAACCAUCGCUGUGAUCUGUGAAACUAUGGGAGUGAAAGCCUUGACAAUUGCAAUAAGGUAUGCUGGAGUUAGGAGGCAGUUCGGUCCUGACGGAAAGACUGAGGUCCCUAUUAUGGAGUACCAGACUCAUCAACACCGACUGUUACCAUUCUUGGCGGCAACAUACAUUAUCAGAAACUUCAACACGUACUUGUCAGAAGUAUUCUAUCAGUUUUCUAUAGACAGAAUGAUGGGCAUUGAAAGUGAAGAUGGACCCGAGAAAGGGAUGGAAAUACACGCUUUAUCCUCCGCUAGCAAACCCGUGGUUGGCUGGACAAUGAGAGAUGCUAUCCAAGAGUGUAGAGAGACAUGUGGAGGACAUGGUUAUCUAAAAGCAUCAGGUAUAGGGGACAUUAGAAACGACCACGACGCGAAUCUUACGUAUGAAGGCGAGAACCAUGUUUUGAUACAACAGUGCAGUAACUAUCUGUUAAAGUUGUGGCCACAUGUGCUUAAAAGGCAAACCAUUUCCUCACCUCUACAUUCCAUUGACUUCCUUACGCAUGGGUUAGAUAUACUAGCAAAGAAAUUCAAUGCAAGAAGUACACAAGAAAUAUGCUGUCCAAAUACGAUUAUCGAAAUAUAUCAAUGGUUGGUCACAUAUCUCCUGAAGAUAUCACAUGAAAAGCUAGAAAAUCAGUUGAAAUCUGGGAAGUUGCAGUUUUGGGCGAAAAAUGACACACAAGUUUAUUAUGCGAAGAGUUUAGCAGUUGCUUAUAUACAACACUUUUAUCUGCAGCGAAUGCUGCUAUUGAUAUCCGAAUCACCAGACGAAGCAGUAAGAAAUGUUCUAACGAGAAUGUUCUCCCUCUACGGCUUGUGGAGUUUGGAGAAGCACAUUUCGACCUUGUAUAGAGGCCAGUAUGCUGUAGGACCUGAACUCCCUGAGCUGGUACACGAAGCCAUAUUAAAACUCUGCGCAGAUCUCAAAGAUGAUUCAGUCUCGUUGAUUGAUUCUAUUGCACCACCAGACUUUAUCCUCGACUCAGUUCUGGGAGCGUCAGAUGGAAUGGUAUACAAACGCCUUGAAAAAUCAAUAAAAGGCUCAGAGUAUGGAAUGAACAGACCAAGAUGGUGGCAGGAUGUUGUGAAAUUUGAUUUGAAAAACAAACUGUAGUAUAAUUACUACAUUUAUUCGAAUUGGUGAACAUAUUUACAUGCUAAGAAAAAUUGCAAAGUUUAUGUUCAAUUGCUCAAGUAGACCUUUUAGGUUUAUAAAGUCGUAUAUACAGGGUGUUGAAUGUCAAUAUUUAAGGGUGCGAUUUUUUGCCCAAUUUUAAGAAGAAAACUACAUAAACAUUUGUUAUAAACGUCUUAAUUUUUUAUAUAUAUCAGGUGGAAAAGUUUUGAUAAAUUAAUAGAUUAUUAUUAAUAUCUGUAAAUGCCACUUUAAUGAAAUUUUACAUUCAUGUCAUAUGUACUAGGCAUUUUUUGAAUUACCACAUUUUUUCAAUUUCCAUCAAUGGCGUUUGAACGGAAUUUCGCCUGCCUGUUUUGGCAGAGAUUGAUGGUAUGCUGAUUUCUCUUUAAAUAAAAAUUAUUGUUGAGAUCUCCAAUGAUUUCUAAGCAAAUUUGAUUUUUUUCAAUCCGAUUUGCCUAAAAAACGUUUUCCUACAUGAUUAUAACAAUACAGUCAAUAUGAUGAUAAAGAAAUCAGAUCUGCUUAUAAAUGAAUACAGAUUUAAUUUUUAUCACUCUAAAAAAGGUCAGUGGCAUGCCACUGACUUUCUAUAUUGAAAACUUUACGACCCUGUAUCUCAAAAGUUAAGCUGUUUAGGGCAUUCCUUCAUAUGGAGUUUUCUUCUUAAACGGGACCCAAUAGUCGUCACCUUAAAUAUUGACAUUAGGUAAGACGAUUAAAUGGUUGCGGUGAAAUAUUCCAGCAUAUUCAAUAUUCAUAUGGUAAAUGUGUAAUCAGCGAAAUUGCAUGGUACAAAUAAAAUGACAAUUCGCAAUAGUUUAUACUAUAAAUAAAUGAAGAUUAAUACGUAAUAUUGUACACAAAACCUAUUUAUAUUUUUUAUGAAUUUAUAUGAAUAUUCUUUAAAACUGGUUGUUUUGUUAUUUUACUAUAUAUACAUAUAUAUAUUCUCUGUUUAAUAAAAAAUUGGAAGUUA